CCGGCCGGGCUCGGCGGGUAGGACCCGCGUAAUCCGGGAAGCGAACCCGGCCGGGCCCGGCCCCGCUCUGUCCCGCCUGGCCCUCAGUGCUGGCAGGCCCCGUGCUGGCCCCGGGCGGUGGGCCGGUCAUUCUGGAGGCUCCCGGGCCCCUGGUCCCUCCCGUUCUCCCCGGUCCAUGGUGCGAGGCUGGGAGCCGCCGCCCGGGCCGGACCGCGCCAUCUCAGAAGGGCACAAGUCAGAACUCACCAUGCCCCCCAACAAAGAGGCUAGCAGUUUUGCCAGCCCCCCCACAGGGCUCAUCUGCCUCCCUCCUAUCUCAGAGGAGCUACAGCUUGUGUGGACCCAGGCUGCCCAGACCAGUGAGCUAGAUGGCAACGAGCACUUGUUACGGACUUUCAGUUACUUUCCCUACCCCAGCCUAGCAGACAUUGCUCUGCUGUGCCUUCGCUAUGGACUGCAGAUGGAGAAAGUUAAGACCUGGUUUAUGGCCCAGCGCCUCCGCUGUGGCAUCAGCUGGUCAUCAGAAGAGAUUGAGGAGACUCGGGCUCGGGUUGUCUACAACCGGGACCAGCUCCACUUCAAGUCCCUUCUUUCUCUUACUCAUCAUGCAGGGCGACCCCCUGAGGAUGUUCCACCCACCCCAGUGCCACCCCCAGACUCAGCUGGCACCCACAUCAGUCCUCUGACACUUAGUGAGCCCCCUCUGGUGAAACGAUUAAAGAUGGAGCCUGAAGAGUCCUCCUCACUGCCUUUGAGCCACCAUAAGGCCAAGGAACCCCUGGUUGCACCUGGCAGUGGGACCUUCCCCCAUCAACCUGGUUUCUGGCAGGAACUGCAAAGUAGUCUCACCAAGGAGCUGGUAAGCAGAGAUCCUGACCAUCAGUCACAUGGCCUGGGAACUACUGCCUGGGAUCACUCUACUGGCUUCCAUGUGCCGCACACUCGGGACAGGCCCUCACAUAUUGCAUUACUUGCCGAUAGCUGCAAGCAGGAGCCAGCAUCCAUCCUGCCUCCUCCUUCCUCUACCUCUUCUUCCUCCUUCAGAGUAAUGGCUAAUGGAGCCACUGCCUCCUCUAAACCCCUUCAGUCACUGGGAUGUGUUCCUCAGCCACCCUCCCCCAAAGAACAAGCACUACCUCCACAUUUAGAGCCAGCUUGGCCCCAGGGUCUAAGACAUAGCCCAGGACCAGGCAGAGUUGCUCCAGCAGAGUACUACUUCCCUGAUGUGCAGCGCCAACGUAAGACCAAGCGCAAGACCAAAGAGCAGCUGGCCAUUCUAAAGUCCUUCUUUUUACAGUGUCAAUGGGCUCGGCGUGAGGAUUACUGUAAACUGGAACAAAUCACUGGCCUACCUAGGCCUGAGAUUAUCCAGUGGUUUGGUGAUACCCGCUACGCCCUCAAGCAUGGACAACUGAAGUGGUUUCGGGAUAAUGCAGUGCCUGGUCCCCCGAGUUACCAGGAACCAGCUACCCCUACUCCACAAGCCCCAGCCCGGCCCUCGCAAGCAUGGGCUGAGAUGCCACCGCCACCCCUCCCUGCCCCUCCCCCAGACACAAGUCCUCUGGAACGGUACUGGACGGCUCACCAGCAGUUACAAGAAGACGACCUCCCUCGACUCAGCCUGGAGUCAGGGCUGAGCGCCCAGCAAGUGACAGACUGGUUCUACUCUCGCUCACCUGAGCCAGCAGAGGUGGUGGUUUGUCUGGAUGAAGAGGAUCAAGAGGAAGAAGAAGACGACCUUCCAGAAGAGGAUGGGGGGGAGGAGGAGGAGGAGGAGGAGGAAGAAGAGGAGGAUGAAGUGAUCAUACAGGAUUGAGGGAGGAUUGGGGAGGGGGUCAGUUUAGUAGAAGAUGAACCAACUUAGUGACUGUUUAAACAAACAAAAAAACCCACAUUUUUCUUACCUUGUUGGCAAAGAACUGAAAGGCUGUGUGUUUGGUCGGGGUAAGGUAGGGACAUAGACAUAAAAUGAGGGUCUUGGGGUAGGGGUGGAGAACAGGAGCCCAGAAGGAUGGGUCUCCUGAUCUUUAUCAAUCUUUUAUUGAAAAGAGUGGGGAAUUUGACCCAAACUACCUUGGGUUGCCGUGGAAACUGAGAUGGAUCUAUCUCCCUGUCUCCCUCCCUCCUUCCCUCUCUCCCCUUCUCCCUCACCCUUUCUCCCUUCUUCCCUCUCUCCCUUUCUCCCUCUCCCCCUCUCCUUCCCCUACCCCCAACUUGUGUCGCCCUUUUUCUCCUAGCUUACUGCAGUGACUGGAAUUAGGUCUCAAUUCUCAGAGGCCAUAAUGAGUCAUAUAAAGAUAAUGGAUGGAGGAAAGUAAAGAGAGUUCUGAUUGAAGUUCAGCAGGAACUAUGUAUGGUUCAGUGCAUCUUGCCAUUUCUCCUACAUUUUCCUUAGUAUAAGGGUCAAAGCUGCCUCACUCUCUUCCAUCCAAGUGCAUGUCCAAGGCAUGAUGUAGGGUAGAACCUUGGCCUGUCUCUAAUUCACAUAUUUUCUCAUUCUCUCCACUUUAAUUCAAACCUUAUGCCAUUCUUACCUACUUAUCCACACUCUUUCACCAGCAGCAAAUGCCCUACUUCUAAUCCUAAGAUUUUUAUUUUUUUAACUAACUUUAACAUAACCACCCUGCCCCUUAUAUGUCCCCCUUCCUGAUCAAGCCUUGUCCACAUUCUGCCCAUAUCAUGGCAAUUUUCCCAGUGAGCACAAAGAAGUACUGUAGUACUGCAGUACUGUAGUGGCUGAUCUAGAUGGAAUCUAUAGGUGGUAGAAAAUAGAGCAGAAACUUAUCCCUGACAGAAACAAAUGGUUAUGAGUUAUCAGCUAUUCAGAACCCAAUGAAAGAUGGUCCCAGGUUUGGUUUUACAAACCAAGCCCCUAUUCCCCAUUCCCCAAGGCCAGAGCUACGUAAGAGACUGGCAUUUCAUUUGUUUGGGGGAUUGGUUUUGUCAUUAGGGGAAGAAUCUUUUUUUCCACCUUAAUUUAUGUUUAAUGUCUUGGAAAAGAGGGACUAUGGCCUCUGCCUAAGUUAGUCUUUGGUUUCUUAUGGAAUGAUUUUCAUCAGUUGGGGUUGGAUAAAAAUAAAGUAUACAUUGUUGGGCUAUUCUUUUUUGAAGGAAAAGGGGAAGGACCCCAAAUUGCUAGAAAUGUAAUAAAAAGGCAAAGA